AUGAUUCUAAGGACAAAAAGUUUAUUAAAUUUAAAUAAAAAUGGUUUUCUUUGGGUAUUAAUUGAAAGAAAUAUAGAAAAUGAGGAUUUGAAUGUUUGUUACUGCUUAAAUAAUUAUGCUUACGAUUCGUCAAAGGAAGGAUUUUUAGGUGAAGGUAGUUACUUUAGGGCAUAUAGAGGUAGAAAACUGUUUUCUUUUAAUAGAGAUAGUGUUGAAAAUGUCUUAAGGACACUUAAAGUAGGGUUAUUAUCAUGUCUUAAAUCUCACAAAGUUGUUUUGGUUAGAGGAGAUAACAAAAAAGAAAUUUUAUCUGUAUAUGAAAAGGUGGUCUUGGAGUAUUUGAUAUUGAGGAAACUGAAUCAUUUUAGUAUACCAAGAACUUUUGGCUUGCUUGAGAUACCAGAGUCAAAUCAAAUUGUCCUAAUUCACGAGUAUUUACCUUUUCAACUAAUGUAUUGGAAUAAAAAUGGUCAAGUAUAUAGUAUAAUUAAAGGUUCCAAGAAGAUUUUGGUUUAUAAUGAAAGGAUUUCUAUAUUUAUUUUGUACCAAUUACUAAUUUCUGUUGAAUAUUUACAUGAGAAUAAAAUAAUUCACAGAGAUAUUAAACCAGAAAACAUUUUUUUAACAGAAAGAAUUGAUGAAUUAGAUAUGGUUUCUAUUGGAAGUUUGAAUAUUUUGGAUGAGGAUGAGGAGGAAGACGAAUCUGAGGAAUUCUUUGAAGAAAAGUGCCUUUGGGAAGAUGCUCCGAUUUUUGAUUCAGUAUCUCAAGCAAAAACCGAACAAAUAAGGCUCUUACGAGGUAGAGGAGAGAAAAGGAGAGGGAAGAAGGGAGAAUUAAGAGAAGCAGGAGAAAGAAAAGAAGAAGAGGGGGAGCAAAAAGGAGAAGGAAAAGGAGAGAUGGAAGAGGAAAAAGAUACUGAUGAAGAUGAAGAAGAGGAAAACUUGGAUAGCUCUUUAAAACGAGUGCUCGAUUUCAAGGAAUAUAGGGACUACUUCAGAAAAGACUUUCUUCAAAAAAGUGAAGAGCCAGAUCCUAACCUUAAGUUUAAUUCCCGGCUUUUAGUAAAACUUUCGGACUUUAACUCUUGUAUUAUAGUUGAUGACUCUGGUUUAAUAUACGAUUCUGGAUCUAAACUGUUUGCUCCUCCAGAGUGUUUUAAGUUGGAGUGCACAAAAGAUGGAGUAGAUGGGUAUAAAAGAGAUGUGUGGUCAAUAGGAUGUGUAAUGUAUUGUAUUUUGAAUGGAAAACCUCCAUUUUUCGGAAAAGAUACAAGAGAACUUUUGAAAUCCAUAAGGGAGAACUCCAGUAAUCUAGUUUUUCACAGAGAAGAUAUCUCAAUGGAAACAAGGAAGCUGAUUGAGGAUAUGUUAUCUUUAGAUCCAGUUAAUAGAGUUUCAAUCAAGGAUGCUAAAGAAAGAGUAAUGAAAAUGUUGAAUUGA